AUGGCGGCAGCAGCAACGCCCGAUCCCUGGGACCAGCCCUCCACCUCGACUGCGCCCCGCCUGCCCCGCGCAACCCCAGCCUCCGUCCCGGACGACUGGGACGCGGACACCGACUCCGACGAGGAGGACAGCAGGGCCGUCUGGGAGGCCGCGAACAAGAAGCCGCCCAUGCCGACGAUCCUCCCCGCGCAGAGCUCCACUGCGUCGACCUCCCUGCCGCCGCUGGAAGCCAUCCAGCCGACGCUGAAAAUUCUCAAGCGGCCUUCGGCGACUUUAAAUCCCAGUGGGUCGCCAGCGGGCACGGGCACAGGUGUGAGUGGCAGCGCGCAGACGUUGGAAGAGAGGGAGAGGUCGUAUCGAGAGGCGAGGGAGCGGAUAUUUGGAUCGCAGGAAAAGGAAGGGGAGGGGGAGGGGGAGGAGAAGAGCAAGAAAGAGGGUGGGGAGAAGGCCAGUCUUCAGGUGCAGGUGGUGAGAAACCCGAAGGGGCCGGAGAGGAAGGGGUUUGAGCGGCGGAGAAAGAAGGAUGAGGGAGGCAAGGGCGGGUCGUCGUAGCUGUACUGAUAUCUUUCGGUGUGUUGUAUCUCCCUUCUUCUGAUGUUACAGUAGGUGUAUGCGUGUGUAUAUGCACACAUUUGCGAUGACACGAUACAUGUCCAUUCCUUCUUUUACCAAGCCCUAACGCUUUCGUCCAAU